UCUGAGGCGCAGGAAGCCAUUGGGUAACGUGUUCUCUGGCUGCAGGCACAAUGUGCAGAGGAGUUUUAAAAGCACCAAAUUACAGAGGGUAAAACACUGCUGCAAACAAAGCUCUUCCAAUGUUUCUCACAUUAAUAAUGUGGAGACCUGGAGCUUUGUGCUUAACUUCAUGGAUCACAGCAGGAACUGGAGUCCUGACUUUAACCUUCUUCCAGUCAGCAGACUCUGGGUCAGACUGUGAGCUUGGCGAGAGGUGCAUUGGACAGAGCGAUGAAAACUUUAGCAUCUGGUAUGUGUGGUUCCUGCUGUUGUUUUUCCUGGCCGUGCUCCUGUCCUGCGGGAUCUGCUGCUGCCUGCAGUGCUGGCUGAAGCGGCGGAGCUGCCUCCCCCGGCGCACCGUGGCUGUCUUUGCCCUCAGCAGCUCGGAUGCCUUUUGUGCUACUGAAGCAGCUCCAUGCCCAUUCUCCGGAUCCCUGAGCCCCUGCAUGACUGCAGAGAUUUCCUCUUCUCCUGCCCCAUGCUUCAGCCUUGCGGGAACGGAAUUGCCUCCAUCCUAUGAGGAUGUUGUGAAGGAAAACAAGCUCUAGACACCACAUGUUGGCUUUCAUUGAUCCUGCUUGGUCUAUCAGAGAUCUUCCAUCAUGCUAAAGGAGUGUGAGAUCAAAUCAGCCCUUUCCACAGGUUGGCCGAGAGACUGAAAAGCAGCACAUAUUUCAUCUGAACCUGAAAGACAAGACUAAAUGCAACAGAAUAAAUGCCAAAAGUAUGUGUUGAAUCUGUCACAGGAGUUCAGCUUGACAUUUUAAUAUCUCUGGAUUUCAGGAAGCUUCCUCAAAGACCUGUCUGUAUUUGGGGUUUCUGGCUCAGCCUCUAGAUUUAUCUCUCUAAGGCUGCUUGAGCUGGUGCAACCCCAUGUAUUUUAGGACCAAAUGUUGAUAAAUGACUUGAUAGUUACUUCUCAAGCUUGGGCUGCCUCCUUCACUCGGCACUGUGCCAAGAAACACCCUCUGGCAAAGUCAUGUUGUUCUAAUACAUUGCAAUGCAAUCAUGCCACUCUGUGAUGAAGGAUCGUUUGCCACAUUUAAAAUAUUUAGCACAGCAUAUCAGAUUUGUCUAGUGCAAAAGGCAGCAAAUUUAUGGCCAGGGAAGAGAAAACAAGAGACAGGGAUUAUGGAGGAGUAGCAGUGGCAGGAGCUGGUUACAGAGCACUAAAAAAAAAAAGUGAGUUUGCUCAUUUGAGUUGUUCUUAAUUUCACGGUGACUGUCCUCAGUACUCUAACCCUAGCACUGCAGACCAGAAGGCUUUGAAUGGCCCAGGACCUACAUGGAAGUUCCCCACAGACAUGAAUUAGGGGCUUAGGUACUUAGUACUAAGCUACAGAAAUCUAUUAGGAUAAAGAAUGCCAUUUUCUUUGAGGUGAUCACUGCAGACAGUAUGGAGAAAUACUUUAAGAAGCCAUCCAGACUGCCUUGCUUCCAAGCAGGAUCAGCUCAACCAAAUUCAUUCCUUGGAGGAGGUAUUAGCCUAACUAGUUCUCAAAUUACUGAAGAAAGAUGCUGGAUUUCCCCUGUAGCUGGAUCCAGAUGAAAGCAAAUAUUCCCCUUUGUUUGUGGUGGGCAGGUCCCUGAAGGCUGAUUUCAGCCUGCCUGACCUCUCUGUCUCUGCUCUCUCAGUGGCAAGGGCUGGGGGUGCAGUCAGACCUCCCUUGCUGCAGAAAUGUCACCCCUGGUCCCAUGCUCUGUACUCCCAGGGAGCCAUGAGCCAAAUUCGGGCAGAAUUUUAGAAUUUUGGAUUAGAAUCCCAAAGAUUAAUAGAAGCCCAGAGCCUGCCUCAUGGAGCACCUGUAGAGUGAGGAUAGCACUAGUUCUCGUGCCCAGGAAGGAAACUGGGAAGAUAAAUGCACUAAAGUUUAUCAUAUUCUCAUAAUGAUUCUAUGUAAGUACAUUUUCUAGAUGUAGAAGAAUUUAAACAUAUUUUGAGAAAAAAAUAUUUGCCAGCACCACUGCAAAUUAUCUCCCUAAAAUCUUAUUUUAGAAACAGCUUUAAUGUUUGACUCUUGUGUGAAAGGAAAUAAAUGUUACUUGUAGCCAAAUGAAUGUUUGUGCCAGCAGGCUAAAAUAUUACUGGAUUUAUUAAUAAGAAAAAUUUGCAAGUACAGACUCAGCCAGGGGAGAAAUCGAGCAACUUCUGAGUGUCCUUUUGCUGGCUGAACUUAGUAAGAAUUGCAGGUAAUCAGCACCUCUCAGGAUCAGAUCUUUCAUGUACAUAACUGCUUCCACCACUCAACCCCUUCAAUUUAUGCCCUGAAGCAUGAGAUUUGAUUAUGUUUGUCGCUGCAGCUUGCAUAGCCUGUUAGUGGGCAUUAAAUCAGCUGUCACUUGAUUCCCACCUCCACACUGUUUGCUUCAGUGACCCCUUCAUGGCACAGAACUCCACAGGUUGUCUGCAUUAUGUGCUGCAUAAAACAUUACUGCCUCCUGCUUAUUAAUGGCUCGGCUCUAAACAAAUCGCUGCCUUUAAUUUCA